GCCACUGGCACAUUAUCCGCCUUUUGGUCCAGAUCCAGCACUUCAGACUUACCGACACACCAAACGCCUGGCGACAACCACAGCCCUCGAUAUUGAGCGCGCAAGCGCAAGCGCAUCCAGAGCACAAUGUCCGUCUGGAACCCAGAAAAUGUGACUGAUGUCGCCGAGUCGGUCGGUAUCGCAUCUCUUAACAAGGAGGUCUCCGAACAUCUGGCGCGCGACGUCGAAUACCGAAUCGCCCAAGUCCUCGAAGAAGCCUUGAAAUUCAUGCGCCAUGCGAAACGAACAACGCUCACGACACAAGACAUAUCACAAGCGCUGCGAGUGCUAGAUGUCGAACCACUCUACGGAUAUGACUCUACCAGACCACUGCGAUUUGGCGAAGCCUCGAUAGGACAAGGCCAGCCAUUAUUUUACGUGGAAGAUGAAGAGGUGGACUUUGAGAAGCUGAUCAAUGCGCCGCUGCCCAAGGUGCCGCGAGAAAUCAGCUUCACCGCGCAUUGGUUGGCGGUGGAAGGAGUGCAGCCCAGCAUACCUCAGAAUCCAACUCAAGCCGACCAACGGAAUCAAGAGCUGGCGGCCAAGGGCCAAGGCGCAAACCCGACUCUUGCGGCUAUGAGUGGGAACGACAAUGUCUCCGUAAAGCCGCUGGUCAAGCACGUCUUGUCGAAGGAGCUGCAGCUUUACUUUGACCGCAUUUGCACCGCCAUCAUGGACGAGAACAACGAGGAUAAUCGCCUCGCUGCCUUCGCUUCAUUACGGACAGACCCUGGCCUGCAUCAGCUGGUUCCAUACUUCAUUCAAUUCGUGGCGGACAAAGUUACGCAUCACAUGAAGUCGCUGUUCAUCCUCACGCAAAGCAUGCAGUUGCUUGCAAGUCUCUUGGACAAUCCAAGUCUCUACAUUGCACCAUACGUGCCAUCCGUAAUCCCGUGUGUGCUUACAUGCUUAGUGGGCAAGCACUUGGGAUCCGCUAACAGCGACGGCGCGACCACACAUUUCUCGCUCCGCGACUACUCAGCAAGCUUGCUUUCCACGAUCGCAAGAAAAUUUGGGCCAAGCUCAUCGACCUUGAAACCACGCAUCGCGCGCUCGUGCCUGAAGCACUUCCUCGACUCACACAAACCCUUCGGCACGCAUUACGGAGCUGUCCUGGGACUCACGUUCAUCGCUGGAGCAGACGGCGUGCGAUCACUCAUCUUGCCAAACCUCAAAGCAUACGACAUGCACCUCUCCGAAGGCAUCAAGGACGAAGCGAAGAAGGAGCAGGCUGAGUAUGUUGUGCUUGCAAUCAUGACAGCUCUCGAGAAGCUAGAGCAAGACUCGAUCACCACAGCAGCAAAUGGUCAUCCAGAAGGCGAAGCACUAAAAGAGCGCUUGACUGAAGCGCUCGGCGAGGUUAUUGGCAAUAAGGUAUUUGACAGUGGGCGUCAAAGUCUGGUCAACGCAGUCCUUGAGCGGGAUGUAGAGAUCUAGCGCUUUGGAGUCUGGAGAUCAAGAUGCUUUUGGGAAAUCUUUAGCGAGGCGUUCCGGGUUGGAGUUGCAUCUGUAGCAUAGACAGAAAAGCGACAUGAAAUCUUUCGAUGUAAGC